UUGGACACGGAGAAGAUGAAUGUCCUCCUGAUAGUGGUACUCCUAUCCGUGGCAGCGAUGUGCCUUGGAGCAAGAAACAACAUAGGCUUGGAAUUCAUCGUCGGUUUCCUUGACAACGAAGAGACAGGGGCCACCUUGGAUUUAGAGAUAUUUGUCACCACAAUCUCCAAUACACCGGCGAACGUCACCGUGACGGCUCCAUCCUAUAACCCAUCCCUUCUCCGUGAGACGGUCGUCACUAGGGGAACCGUCUCUAAACUAACCCUGCCAUCGUCACUUCGGGGCACAGGCUCAGCCGCAGAAAAUAAAGGAGUCUUGAUAGAAUCCACGGAAGAAAUAACGGUGUACUGUGUCAACAAGGAGACAUACUCCACCGACGCAUUUGUAGCGGUGCCGACGGAGGCGUUGGGUACUGCAUACUACAUCAUGACGUACCGGACCAACCCCGCAAUGAUGUUCGUAGGGACAGAGGACUCUACCGACGUCCACAUCGUACUGCCGUCCCCGCCGUCGCAGCCAAUCAACAUCGUUUUUGGCGGCGUCACGUACAUUGAUGGAGAUGUCCUCAAGCUUCGCAUCAAUCGUUUCGAAACGGUUCAUCUUUAUCAAGAACAGACAAAUGUGGAUUUCACGGGAACUUUGAUCCAAGCUAAUAAACCCGUCGCAGUGUUUUCUGGCAACAGGAAAAUUCCGGUUCCGAUUCUAGCCGGAAGUGGCGACCACGUGGUAGAGCAGAUGUCGCCGAUCAAUACAUGGGGCAAGGAGUUUGUCUACGUCAGUACUCCAGACAGAACAACGGGGGACCUGGUUCGAAUCCUGGCCGCUGAGGCGUCCACUAUAGUGACUAUCACUGGGGUCGGCAGCGUCACUAUCACAGCUGCCGGAGGGUUCUUCGAGCUAGGAACUAAUUCAGGAGAAGUGAAGUCCAUCACUGCCUCGAAGCCAGUACUGGUGGGUGUGUUCAGUAAAACCGAUGCCGUUUCGGAUCCGAACGGCGGGGACCCUUCUAUGUACCUGCUGCCCCCUACAGCGCAAUACGCCCCCAACUACGUCUUCAGUACAGUAGAGACGCCAAGCGGCAACUUCACAAACUACCUCAGCAUCGUCGUCAAUGUCGACGCGACAUCGGGUCUCAGAUUAGACAAUGUUGCCAUCGAUAGUCUGGGCAUAACAUGGAUCAAUGUGCCAGAUUCAGCAGAUCUGGUUGCCGGAACUGUCAGCGUCAACCCCGGCAAUCACGACGUGUACCACGAGGACCCCACUGUUGUCUUCAUGGGCCUGUGUACCGGGGUAGCGCCCUUUACGUCCUACGCCUACUCGUCAGGGAUGAGACUUGCCUUAAUCAAUGAGGCCUGUUCAACUACAAGUGUCGUAGCCGGUGAUGUCGUGGACAAUGACUGUGACGGUCGAAUUGACGAAGAAGAAGCCAAUGGACUCGAUGAUGACGGCGAUGGGUCCAUUGACGAAGACUUAGCAGCUCCCAGGCGAGUUAAUGGAGGGUUCAGCCUUUGGACAUCUUGGACCACAUGUACAGUCAGCUGUGGAGGGAACGGAACUAUUUCCAGGAACCGGAACUGUGACAAUCCUGCACCUGCGCAGAACGGCUUGCCGUGUCAAGGGAGCCUGUCCGAGACUGAAGUCUGUGUGUCCCCAAUAGCUGAUUGUCCUAUUGACGGCAACUGGACAGAGUGGGGUAACUGGAGCGCAUGUUCAGUGACCUGCGAAAGUGGAAACCUGACGAGGUCAAGGUCAUGUACGGAACCUGCCCCACAGUUCAAUGGUACAGACUGUGACGGCGUUGCGCAGGAAGCUCAAACCUGUCACACAGGCGUUCUUUGUCCAGUGGAUGGUAACUGGGGCACCUGGUCUCCGUGGAGCCCUUGCUCUGUAACCUGUGCGUCUGGGUCACGCGAGAGGUCAAGGUUAUGCGAUAACCCUGCAACGGCUAAUGGUGGAAUAGAUUGUGCAGGACAGGCUAACGAAACGGAAUCCUGUAACACUGGUGUCAAUUGCCCGGUUCAUGGCGGUUUCCAGUCCUGGACUUUGUGGGGCGCAUGCUCAGUGACCUGUGACAAUGGAACUCAAACCAGGUCACGUGACUGUAACAACCCAGCUCCGCAGUUUGGUGGAGCCAACUGUUCCGGAGGUUUCACGGAAAUGGUAUCGUGUGACCCAGGCAUCAGGUGUCCAUUGCCUGGGGGGUGGAGCACAUGGGGUGCUAUGAGCCCCUGUUCCUUGACUUGUGGGGGUGGAGUCCGGGUGAGGAAUCGCCCAUGUAACAACCCUGUACCGGAUCCUGGAGGCGACUGUCCCGGUGUGGAGCUUGAGAUGGAGCCAUGCAACACACAAGUGUGUCACCCAUCACACACUAAUAUGACAUGCAACCACCAGUGGUUUCCGUGCAGAGAUGGGAGCGUUUGUAUUCAUUUCCUUAUGAGAUGUGACUGCGCAUACGACUGCGCAGACGGAAGUGACGAAGAGGUUGAGUAUGCACGCUGUGUACCUGACAUCGAUAAAUGCAUAAUGACAGACACAUCGUCAGUCCUGUUACCUGCAUGCUGGCUGAUUUGGCUUCUGCUUGUACUGUAGUUUAUUGUGGAAACACUACCGAGACGCAUCUCCCUUGGUGAUGCCAACGAUAUUCAUAUGCAAAUGACGCAAAAUAUUUGAAAUAAUUUCAAACAUUUGUUUGUGUUUAGUCGAUCCAAAAAUAUUAUUUGAUUGCUAUUAAUAAAUUCAAAGUAAAGGAAAGGGAAGUAUGAGUGCGAUAGCUGGAAUUGUGUUUCAAUCAUUCUGCAAGCCAUUGUACAUAAUGUCUAAUGGCAGAACUGUUUUCGACAUUAUAAUUGCUUUCACUUUUCGUAGGACGUCUGACUUCCUUAAUAUUUCCUCCCCUCAUCUACCCGUUUAAACAUUAUCUACAAACAUACCCAUGCGUCUUAUUCCCGUGAAAUACUUGUAACUGAUUUUAAAUUAAAACAUGCUGCAAAUCA